CUCUAUUGGCUGAUCUAUUGCCUUAGAAGUUAUUGAGAUUUGUCGUCUUCUGGACACUCAACAGAUCAGAAGAGAUGGUGGCCUCAAGAGUGUUGUGUGUUUUAGCCUCUUUGGCUUCAGCUUCGGCCUCCAACCCGUUUCAUCAGACCAAUGGCUUUGUUCCACCUGAAAAGCGGGGACCGCAUGGUCUGAUCAAUGAGAAUCUGCCUGUGAUUGACGGUAAGUCUGGGGACUCAGAUUGGCCUCCAAUCCAGGAACCCUGGAGAUGCUUGGAGGGUCGUUGUACCCAAGAUAUUGAGAGCUUCAACGCCGCCAUUCGAUCGAUGAGUGGAAUCUCUAAGGCUGAUCCCAAUUGUCCAAUUGUCACACCGGAGAUUUGCAAGAGCGCCGACUACUUCCCUGUGCCAUGUAAUUGCCAUGCUUACGUGAGAUGCUUCCAAAUGGAUACCGAUGGACCCUUGAUGCCCUGCAUUUAUAAAUGCUCUCCAUAUGAUUUGAUCUUCAGUCCCAAUGAACGCGUGUGUACCAAUGAGGAUAGUGCGCCCCCUGGCAUUUGCUUCGACACACCUCCCCCGCCCCCCGUAGAGUUUACUACAUUGAAGCCAUUCAUGUCUACAACCACCACUCCUACCACCACUCCUACCACAACCCCAACUACCACUCCUACCACCACUCCUACCACAACUCCAACCACAACUCCAACCACAACUCCAACCACUACUGCUACCACAACAGCAGCCACUUCUCCAAGUGCGCCUGUGGAUUGCACUUACGCCGGCGAGACCUUCCCGUAUCCUGGAGAUUGCCACAAAUAUUACAUUUGCCUCCCCAAUGAAAACAAUGGAUUUGAUGUCGAGAUUUUCAACUGCAAUGAGAUGAUUUAUGAUCCAAACCAAGCAUCAUGUGCUUGGCCGGGUCAGGAUGCGGCGGAUUUGCUUUGCAAUGAGCGAUACUAAAACGCUGUUGAUGUUUUCACACUGUAACUUGCCAAUUGAGUAGCCAAGAAGCCAUUUUCAAUAUAAGGAAUUCAAAUGAGAAACAUACGUUAUAAAUGUGAAAGUUAGCGAACGUGAAAAACAGGAAUUUGAGAUAGAG